AAGUCAAAACUCUAUCGUCCCCUGAUUACCCUCGUCAGUAACCCCUGAAGGAGCGCAUCAACUUGCUCAACUAACCACCACAGUAACGAAAGCAAGCACACCUAUUUAACAUGCAACCAUCCACCUCUUGCCUCACAAAUGACGCAUAUAAAAUCUCAGGGACGAGAACUUUCGUCGUUAAUCCUGACCCACCCCUGUCUGUCUCAUUCUUACUUUACAGAGGAAAAAGAAGGCAACGACGAGCGCUUGAUACAAUGCCGUACGCCGCCGUACGUCCUUCGCCACCGCCGCAGCUCAGCCGGCCGAUCGGCUCCGGAGCCGGCGGCGGUAAGGCGUGCCCGGCGGUGCCGUGCGAGGUGGCGCGGUACCACGAGCACGCGGUGGGCGCGGGGCAGUGCUUCUCCACCGUGGUGCAGGCGAUCGCGGCGCCGGCGGACGCGGUGUGGUCGGUGGUGCGGAGGUUCGACCGGCCGCAGGCGUACAAGAAGUUCAUCAAGAGCUGCCGCCUCGUGGACGGCGACGGCGGCGAGGUCGGGUCGGUGCGGGAGGUGCGCGUCGUGUCCGGGCUGCCGGCCACGAGCAGCCGCGAGCGGCUCGAGGUCCUGGACGACGACCGCCGCGUGCUCAGCUUCCGGAUCGUCGGCGGCGAGCACCGCCUCGCCAACUACCGCUCGGUGACCACCGUCCACGAGGCGGCGGCGCCGGCGAUGGCCGUGGUGGUCGAGUCGUACGUGGUGGACGUGCCGCCGGGGAACACCUGGGAGGAGACGCGCGUGUUCGUGGACACGAUCGUGCGCUGCAACCUCCAGUCGCUUGCGCGAACGGUCGAGCGGCUCGCGCCGGAAGCGCCGCGCGCCAACGGAUCGAUCGAUCAUGCAUGAUGCAUGCAUAUGCCUGCCUGGCGAGCCAGCCGCCGGCCGGGCUCUUUAUUUUUCAUACUUAUCUAUGUAGGGUAAUUAAUUAGAUAGUGCUAGCUUAAUUAGUUUUGAUUUAGACUGGUUUAAUUUCUUGUUUUGACAAAUUAAGUACGGUGUAAUGUGUACCGUACGUCAAGAUUAACCUGCUCAUAAUCAUGUUCAUUUUUUUUUCACUGAGAUUUCGAGACGACUAGCUAGCCAGCUGCCACAGGCUGAGCAAUUUAUAUAUACUGUCGUAUUGCAAAGUAAGAAGCUAGCUUUAUUUGUCUUCGGAGUAUUUUCAUCGAAAUGAUUCUGAUCAGUACGUACAUAAGUACAUUCUAUGGGUGACACAAUUAUUUAUGUUUGAUCUUUGACGCAUCUAUUAAAUUUGUACCUAAAUUCGUCUAAUUAAUGACAAUAAUUGACAAUUAGGAUAGUUUAUGGUGUAUCAUCAUCGUUGAUGGUUUGAGUUAUAUAUAGGGAGUAUAGUAUAAAUCUUGUGUGAUACUCCCUCCGUCUCAGGUUGUACGAUGUUUUAACUUUGGUCAAAGUCAAACUGCUUCAAGUUUGACUAAGUUUAUAGACAAAUAUAAUAAUAUUUACAUUACCAAAUUAGU